UAAGUAUUUUUUAAAAAAAGAGGCAGUGCCGGGCCGGGAUAUCUGGUCUCAGGCUGAGGAGUGGUUGGGCCCCCAAGGAGGGAGGUGGGGAGGAAUUCUCCAGCUCACACAAUUUCAGUCAUCCAACAAAUAACGACUGUGCAGCCACAGUGGCUACCAGGCCCUGGGCUCCAGGACAUCUGAGAGAGUCCCACCUCGGCCCCCAGGGAGCUCUGUUUCUAGUGGGAAGGCAAGACAAUAAAGAAGGUACGAAUAACUCAGUAAUGCCAGACGGUGGGAGGAGGAGUUAAGGAAAAUAGAACAGGUGUGCGCGGGGGUGACGAGGGGAAGGGACCUUAUCUCCGACGGUCUGGGAGGAAGUGGCACCUGAGUGGCACCUGGAGGUGGAGGCUUGGCCAGAUGGCAGGGGUGGGGAGGGAGACUGGGAGGGGAGAGAGUUCCAGGCAGAAGGGCUGGCAAGUGCAAGAACAAGCUGGCAACAAGUUCGGGGAGGGAUCCGCGUGUCUGGAGUAAGGCGGGGAAGGGGGGGCAAAAGGCGAGAGGGGCUCGGGUGCCACCUCCGCCAGGAAGCCUUCUCGUAUCGCCGCGCUUCCUCCACGCUCCCCCAGCUUGCUCUACCGCAGCGCAAAUCCCAUGGGUGCCGCUCAGGCCUCCUUCCCUGUCCGGACUACGAGUGCGGAGAAAGCAGGGCCGGCUCGGAUUCCUCUCUCCGCAUCCCCGCGGCGCCCGGCCCGGCGCUGGGCACCCUGUGGGCACUGGGUAAAUAUUUGCAGAGCGCACUAGAAGGAAUGAAUGAACCCAUUGGGCGCCGCUGGGGGGAGGGCGGGGCCGAGGGCAGGUGGGAGGCCGCCGACGCGGGAGGGGCCCUCGGAAGCCCGUCCUCCUCCUCCCCCUCCCCCUCCCAGGCCCCAGCGCGCACCACUCUGGGGCUCCCGAGGCGGCCUCUCGUGCGAUCAAGGGCGCGCAGGGCUGGGAGAGCGACCUGGGGCCCCUUUUCUGGGCGCCGGAGUUCGGAAGAGGGUGGGUCCCCGCCGCCCAAGAGCAAGAGCGCGAGAAGAGCCGGAGGAAGGAGCGCCCGCUCGCCCGCCGCCUCGCUGCCACCCCGGCGCUCGCUCUCCCGGCUCCUAGGUUUGCUGGCUGCUCCUCCCACCCGCGCCCGCCUCUUUGCUCGCGCUCUCGCUCGCUCAAGCCGGUUUCCGAGCCCCACGGUGCGCCCGGGCGAGUGCGGGGCGAGGGGCCCCGGGGCCAGCGCCGAGCCGGGGGCGGGGGUCCGGGCAGAGCGCAGCCGGCCGGGGAGGGGCCAUGUCCGGCGCGGGCGCAGAGGGGCCCGUCUACAGCAAGUGACCGAGCGGCGUGGACGGCCGCCUGCCCCGCUCCGUCACCUGGGGCGGCUCGGGCCCCGGUGCCGGGUGCCCGGAGCCCGGGUCGCGCGUAGAGCCGGCGCGAUGCACGUGCGCUCGCUGCGCGUCGCGGCGCCCCACAGCUUCGUGGCGCUCUGGGCGCCCCUGUUCCUACUGCGCUCCGCCCUGGCCGACUUCAGCCUGGACAACGAGGUGCACUCAAGCUUCAUCCACCGGCGCCUCCGCAGCCAGGAGCGGCGGGAGAUGCAGCGCGAGAUCCUCUCCAUCUUGGGCUUGCCCCAUCGCCCGCGUCCCCACCUCCAGGGCAAGCACAACUCGGCGCCCAUGUUCAUGCUGGACCUGUACAAUGCCAUGGCGGUGGAGGAGGGCGGCGGGCCCGACGGCCAGGGCUUCUCCUACCCCUACAAGGCCGUCUUCAGUACCCAAGGCCCCCCUCUGGCCAGCCUGCAAGACAGCCACUUUCUCACCGACGCCGACAUGGUCAUGAGCUUCGUCAACCUCGUGGAACACGACAAAGAGUUCUUCCACCCACGCUACCACCACCGGGAGUUCCGGUUUGAUCUUUCCAAGAUCCCAGAAGGGGAAGCGGUGACUGCAGCCGAAUUCCGGAUCUACAAGGACCACAUCCGGGAACACUUCAGUAACGAGACGUUCCGGAUCAGCGUUUACCAGGUGCUGCAGGAACACUUGGGCAGGGAGUCAGACCUGUUUCUGCUUGACAGCCGCACCCUCUGGGCCUCGGAGGAGGGCUGGCUGGUGUUCGACGUCACGGCCACCAGCAACCACUGGGUGGUCAACCCACGGCACAACCUGGGCCUGCAGCUCUCGGUGGAGACUCUGGAUGGGCAGAGCAUCAACCCCAAGUUGGCAGGCCUGAUCGGGCGGCAGGGGCCCCAGAACAAGCAGCCCUUCAUGGUGGCCUUCUUCAAGGCCACCGAGGUCCACCUCCGCAGCACCCGUUCCACGGGGGGCAAGCAGCGCAGCCAGAACCGCUCCAAGACACCCAAGAACCAGGAAGCCCUGCGGGUGGCCAACGUCGCAGGAGCCUCCUCUGCGCUGGGCUCCUGGGGGCUGGGAUUCACCAGUGAAAGCCCAGCCGUGGUGCAGAGAUGAUUCAGGAUGGGCAGGAGGCGGCCAUCAUUCACAGCCACACUGACACCAGGCCCGGGAGUUGGAACGUGGUGACGAGGGACUCUUGAGGGGGUGGUUCAGAGAAGACUUGCCAGCUGAGAGCUCCGAGGCGAGCUGGUGCCCCAGGGGCCAGGCCCGGUGGGCAGGAGGCCAGCGCUGCAGGCAGUGGGACCUGCAAGUGGAGGGAGUUUUCGGGGCAGCUCUGGGAGGGAGGGUGGAGGGGGGCAGGCCAUGUGGCUGGGCUGGGGAAUGAGCACGGUCAAGUGUCCUCUCGGGAGCCACAUCUUGAGUUUGAAUUUCAUCCAAAGCAAAUUUGGAAGCCUUUGCAGAGUUUCCAGCUAUGAUUCGGGGUGGGGUUGAUAAGAAGCUCAUUCUGGCUGCUCUGAGAAUGCUGGGGAGCAGGGCGGGGCACUCAGGGAGGGUUGGAAUAGGAAGAUUUAUGAGAGGCUUUUCUAUAUCAAUCAGGCAGGAAGGGCUAGCAAACGUCAUCCCCGCGGAGACUCCCGUGGCUCGGAGGUCUGUCAGGUGUAACGGUCUAACCGAGGUAGUGAAAGGGGAGGGACUGGUCUCAAAAUCUUAAAAUUGGACACUCAGCUUCCCCCACUGCGUCCUCUGGUGAGGACCCCCAUCAAGUCUGCACUUACAUAAUCCCACAGGACGGAGCUCUCACUAUCUCACGUGGCAGCUGUUCUACCUUGCCUGGGAUCCACUUCCUUGCUCUGGAUUUCUACUUCCUGGCCCUGUUUGAAGUUCACCUAAACCCUGCCUGGGAGUUUAAUUUUAAAAGAAUACCGAAGCCUGGGCCCCACUGCAGGCUUAGUAAACCAGAAUCUCUGAGUGUGUGUUUGUACACACAUGCCCGGUUGAAGUGCUUUGCCUCCUGUGAUGAGCUGGGAAUCCUGCUGCAGGGCCACAUGAGUAGAAUCCUCUCUGCUGUGGCAGCCCUUGUGUGCUAGAGAGACACGUCCUGCAGGCCAGCCCCACCCCGCAAAGGCCUUCCGCUGCUCUUCAGACCGUGUGGUUUGGGGCGAGAAACUGGGUCCCUCGCCUCCCUUCCACUUGCCUCUCACCCACGACUGGACCCAACUCCCUAGUCAUUAGCCAUUUUCACCAGAUGACCCACGGGGGUGGGAGCUGAGUCCCAGCCCCAGUUGUAACUUCUCAGCUGCUCUGGCCGGGUUUGCGGAGGUGGGUGAGCAGUUGCCUCUCCACUCCUGCUUGCCUGCUGCUGCGGCCUGGGAUGGUGGGCAGGACAGGAGGAACAGGGGAACUAGGAUUCUACUUCUUGAGCAUCUCUUUUCUUCCCUUUCCUCGUCUUUCUGCUAGUAAGAGGUCAGAGUGAAAUAGGAGUUCCAACCACUUCUUCCUGGAGCAGCCACGUUCCAAGGAGGCCUGAAGGACCCAGGUGUCUGAGGUCCCUGAUGGCAGGGCCAGGGCCCACCCCGUACUGAUAUGCCCACAACUAGCUUCAUGAGCUGCUCUUGUCCUUGGUCUGUUGGGCCUUGGGCUUCAACAUGAAGCCACGUAUCAUUGCUUUGUUUUCAGACAGGGCUGGGAAAAGUGGCAGUAAGGUCCCUACUCGCCCUUCCUCUGCUAAUGGCAGACAUUGCUAAUCAAUCCUGGCACAUUCUUCUCACUGAGCCCACACAAAGCUUCAGAUCCUUCUUUACUCAGGGCAACAAACAGCCAGCAGUGUUGGCCCUCCACGCACAGCUUCUUUGCCACAUCCCUGGCCUAGGCUAACAUGCUCAGACCUUUGUCUUGUUCAGGUUGCUUCACACAUCACUGGGCUGAGGGCUACUCCCCCCCUCUCCCCUCCACCUUCUGCCUCCCUACAAGGAAGGAGGGGAAGAAGGCUUGUGGGGUGGCCGCCUGGGGCCACAGGCAUGGCCACAGCAAUGGAGGCCUUCCUGGAUUUCCACUCAGUGUCUGUGCCCUUCCAUAUGGCACAGUGAAUGGUCCAGGAGGUUCCUGGGCUCGCCUCUGAUGGUUCCCUUGAGCUUGACCUUUGUAUAUCAGUGACCACCUGGCCCUCCAGCAGCCCUAGUACCCCUGCAGCUGGUUUUCUCUAUCUCAAGGCCCUCAGGCUAGGUCCCAAAGUGGGGAAGGGGGGCCCAGGACUCCCCAUUCCUGCUCCAUCCUCCCUAACCUCCCCACCCCCCAGCCGUGGAGCUCAAUCCAGCGAAGUAGACCUCCCCCCUGCACGCUGCCGGCCGCUGACCCCAGCGCUGCCUCCUCAUUCCUGGAAGGCUCUAGUGGCUGCUGCCCGUCCCUCUGCCAACCGCCACUCCUGUCCUGGUUCUUGCCGACUUCCUAACUCUCCUCUCCAUCCUGCUCCGUCCUCAUCCUGGGACCUCCUCCCUUGGAUUCCUCCCUGGCCCGCCCUCUCACUUCCUUUCGUUCUUACACGAAGAAUAUCACCUCCUCGGAAGGCCUUGGUUAGCGCCCAUGGCACAGACCCCUCAGCCCGCCCUUCCCGUUCUCCUCUCCUCCCUUAGUUCCUCCACGGCACUCAUCUAGAUGGAAUGGAAUUGGUGUUUCCUCAUUUGGUCAUUAUCUGCCUCUCGCUGGAGGAUAAGCCCCUCAGUGGCAGGGCUUUGUUUUGUUCACACUUGCAGCUCCACUGCCCAAAACAGCAUCUGCAAAUCUGUAGACAUUAACAAUUUGUAUGAAUGAAUGAAUGACAUACCAGGCACCAAGGUAAUGAGGGCCCGAGAUACCCGAAGGUGGCUGUUCCCACCACCGCCCCCCAGUCCUGGCCCCCCUCACUGAGAUCCUCUCACUGGUCCUGAGUGUCUCCUAGGAGCCAGGAUCCCUCCUAGAAAGACACAUGCAAUUCUGUCCUAAUCAAUUGUGUCCUUUCCUCAUUGGUUUGUACAUUUUAAAAAAUUGCUCUUCUGAACUCUAGAUAUAAAGAUACAUGUACAAUUGGGGAUAUUCAAAAAAGCUGAUAGGAAGCCCCUGGGAAGUUUUAGGCGGAGGAGAGACAGGUCGUGGUUAAGAAAAAAAAUGAAUCCCUCUAGCUUCUGGGUUCAGGGGAGGUUAUACAGUGGCAGCUGUGUGUGUGUGUGCGUGUGUGUGUGUGUGUGUGUGUCAGAGAGAGACAGAGACAGAGAGAGACAUAGACACAAAGAGAGAGAUAAACAGAUUUCUACAUGUUUACAAGGGCUCAAUUCCUAACCCAAAGUUCCUGCAAACUUUACAUACUUCUGGAAAACCCCAGUGCAUCAUUUUCGUUCCUCAGAGAAACCUCAGUAUUGUUUUUCUGGAAGGUCAGUGGGGCUUGACUUUUCGCCCUGUCAUUUCUUCUCGAUGGUGGGGUUUGUCCCAGGCCCUGUCCAUGUCUCCUGCUGCCCGCUCCUCGGGGCUGAGCAUCGUGAGGUGGGCGGGCCUCACAAAGUGAGGUUGAGUGGAAGCAACCCCUCCGAGCAGUCUCUUGCAGCCAGCGUGUGGGAUGUGGAUGGAAAUGGACUCCCACACGGAAUCCACGCAGACGUCCACAUCCAAACAAGAGAAAACAGUGUCCACAGAAGGAUCCAGAGAGAGCUGUGAGCUAAGACUGCGUAAGAGAGACGGGGGCGUUGGUGCCUCCCUUACAGAGGCCGUUUGCUGGGGAUGGAAAUGAGUUUUGAGGCAACAGGUGCUUGAACGGCUUCUGUGUCAGGAAGGUCACCCUCCAGCUUUCAGAGUUUGCUGGGAUCACACCACUGUCUUAGACUGAGGAAACUCUAAUCUGUGUGUAUUUCCUUUUCCUCCCCCCGGUGCCGCU